GACUCUUCCUGUUUCGUGGGGCAGCCGAAGAAAAGCAGUUUGUACGCGGAAACAAAACCAGUACUCGUGAAAUCGUAGAACCUGUCGCCUGUUGUUUGUCUGCUCGGAUUAAGGAUUGCGUUGAGAGGAUUGGACAAAUUAGAUUAAUUAAGGUUUGGUUUACAUUUCAUCGGUGUGUGGAUACAGCGGUCAUAAUGCGGGCGGCUUUAUUGGCAUUUUUCAUUUUAAUGUCCUGCUUGUUGGUCACAGACGCAGGAGUGAACCAGGACAAAGAAACUCCAGGAAAAGACCCAGAACCAUCCAAAGAUAAUGAAGACAAAAUGGCAGGAGAGACCCAGGACAAAAAUACUCCAGGAAAAGACCCAGAACCAUCCAAAGAUAAUGAAGGCAAAAAGGUAGGAGAGACCCAGGACAAAAAUACUCCAGGAAAAGACCUAGAACCAUCCAAAGAUAAUGAAGACAAAAAGGUAGGAGAGACCCAGGACAAAAAUACUCCAGGAAAAGACCUAGAACCAUCCAAAGAUAAUGAAGGCAGAGAGACCCAGGACAAAAAUACUCCAGGAAAAGACCUAGAACCAUCCAAAGAUAAUGAAGGCAAAAAGGUAGGAGAGACCCAGGACAAAAAUACUCCAGGAAAAGACCUAGAACCAUCCAAAGAUAAUGAAGGCAGAGAGACCCAGGACAAAAAUACUCCAGGAAAAGACCCAGAACCAUCCAAAGAUAAUGAAGGCAAAAAGGUAGGAGAGACCCAGGACAAAAAUACUCCAGGAAAAGACCUAGAACCAUCCAAAGAUAAUGAAGACAAAAAGGUAGGAGAGACCCAGGACAAAAAUACUCCAGGAAAAGACCUAGAACCAUCCAAAAAUAAUGAAGGCAGAGAGACCCAGGACAAAAAUACUCCAGGAAAAGACCCAGAACCAUCCAAAGAUAAUGAAGGCAAAAAGGUAGGAGAGACCCAGGACAAAAAUACUCCAGGAAAAGACCUAGAACCAUCCAAAGAUAAUGAAGACAAAAAGGCAGGAGAGACCCAGGACAAAAAUACUCCAGGAAAAGACCUAGAACCAUCCAAAGACACAAAAACAGAGAAAGGGGAAAAAACAAAUCAAGAACGUGGGAAUGAAAACCUUUACAACCCAUCAGGAGUGAAGGAGGAGGAGGAAAACAGUCAUUUCUUUGCCUACCUUGUCACUGGUGCUGUGCUGGUGGCAGUUCUCUACAUCACUGUCCACAAUAAGCGCAAGAUUAUUGCCUUUGUUUUGGAAGGGAAGAAAUCCAGAUCCACACAACGACCUAAAUCCACAAAUUACCAGAAGCUGGAGCAGCACAUCUGAUCCAAAACUGCACUGGGAGGCUGAGGAAAUGGCUUUUAUAGAGUGGAUGAAGUCAUGGAUCUGCACUGAAUAAAAUCACCUGUUAAACAGACAUUCUGCAUUUUCUACAUACAUUCUAUAUUUGAGUUUUUAAUGUUAGUUGCAUGACUAUGCAGAUGACUUUGCCUUAUUGGGAGGGUGGGAGAAGAAAGCUGAUUUAAAAAAAAAUGGCUGGAAUAGGCUUGCAGUAUUUUACACUUGUGGUGUUAUUCUGCUUUUUAGGCAAUCUGAUGUGAGGAAGGUCCUGACUCAGGAUGUUUUAGUAGCAAUUCAGUUGUCUGAAUUUCUGUCUUGUCUGUCUAAUGAUUUCAGGUAGAGAUUUCAAUGUGCACCUGAAUAAGCCAUCACUGAGUGUUUUACUGUGUAAAUGCCUUAAUUUGUGCUAUUUCCUUGAAAACAAUCAGAUUUGUAACUACUGUUUUAAAUUUUGUCCGUGCAGUUAACGAAUACCUGGCCAGCAUGUCUCUGUUCAGUUUCGUCUGGUUUCUUUUUUGGGGGUGGGGACUGUAUUCCUGUUUCUACCUUUUAAAUUUUAUUUGUGGGAUGUGAUUUGACUGCAGCUUCUUUGUUUUGGCCCUGUCAGGAAAAAAGAUUGUUUUGCACACAUGACCACUAACUUAUGAAGUUGGGUCUUUCCUCUUUGGUGGUUUUGUUCUUGUACUUAAACAAAAACAAAAAAAGCCAAGCGAAAAUACUGUGA